GUUGUGAAAAAUGUCUGUAACAUGAUAAUUUUCCAGUUAUCAGUAUUUAUUAUUUUUUUUAAUGUGGUUAUUUUCAGGGGAGAUUUCGAUGCUGUAUUUUUAGAUUAUGAAGUAUAUAUGAAAAAUUAUAAAUGGAAUGUUAAAACAAAGGGGCAUGCGUUUCAUACGCUGUAUAAACUGGUGGCACAUAGGGAAAACCUGGCUUCUCAUUGGAUUUUUACUUUUUUUCUGUGAGGUUUUGAUCUAUUAUAUUGUACUGCUACAAUGCACAUGGCCUCAAAUCGAAACUAAUACUAGGCAUUCCACUGUCAAAGCUGCUCUAUUAGCAGAUACUCAUUUAUUAGGACCUCGUUUUGGACAUUGGUUUGAUAAGUUAAGAAGGGAGUGGCAAAUGUAUAGAACAUUUCAAACAACUAUGACACUUCAUAAUCCACAAGUUGUCUUUAUUUUAGGUGAUAUUUUUGAUGAAGGAUAUCAUUGCAGUGAAGAGGAGUUUAAUAAUUACGUUAAAAGAUUUCACAGUUUAUUUAGCGUUCCAGAAAAUACAAAGUUGUAUGUUGUGAUAGGAAACCAUGAUAUAGGAUUUCAUUAUAGAGUGUCACGCCGGCUCAAAGAACGUUUUGAAAAAUCUUUCAAUGUAUCAGCUGUUGAAAUGUUAACUAUAAAUGGAAAUAUAUUUGUUUUAGUCAAUAGCAUGGCAUUACAAGGUGAUAAUUGUUUUCUUUGCAAACCUGCUGAAGAAAAGCUUAAAGAAAUACAUGAAAAAUUAAGAUGUGCCAAGAUCCAUCCAGAUGAAGAAAAAUGUAAGAAUUAUAGUUCUUUACCUCCAUAUAGUCCUCCUAUAUUUCUACAGCAUUUCCCUCUGUACCGAUCCUCUGAUGCUCACUGCCUAGAACCAGAUGCUGCUCCGCCAGAGAUAAUAAAUGAACCAUUCAGGGAAACUUGGGAAUGUCUAUCCAAACAGUCAACAAACAAGAUUUUGGAUCUUCUUGAACCAAGAGUUGCCUUCAGUGGUCACACUCAUCACGGAUGUUUUACUCUUCAUAGAGAAAGGAUACCUGAAUGGACUAUACCAUCCUUUAGCUGGAGAAAUAAAAAUGAUCCGAGUUUUAUACUUGCUACUUUUGCACCUGAUGCUUAUAUGGUAACAAAAUGCUACAUGCCAAAAGAGAGUACAAUAGUCAAUUUCUACACACUUGGUUGUACUGCCAUUUUGAUAUGGAUGUACUUUACAAGAUAUAGAUUUUUCAGAGGUGCCUAUUACAAAGAAAAGUAGUUAAUUUUGUAAUAAAAAAACUGAAGAUAAUUUUUCAGAUGAUAAAUAAGACAUUUAGAAUUAAAAGCCAGAAAAUAUUUGGUGCUGGUUCAUACAGACUGCAUUGUAAUGUCUUUCAUUUUUAAAGUAUGGUUGUUUUUAUAAAUAUUUUAUCUUUGAAUAAAUAUAUAUUUGUUUUA